AAGCUUAUUUCCUUUUCUAGGAAAAAGGCAUUGAAGUGAUGUUUUCUCCUCACCCUUGCCCUUCUUGGACCCUUGACUGGAAUAAUCUUCCUGCAGCAGUGAGCCCCAAAGAAGGCAGGAUGUCCAGCGGUCGGGCUUUGAGGAAGCAGCAACAGUUAAACAAUCUCGUCUAUGUGGUGACAAGUCAGGCCAAACCUGGUGACAGAAUCGUGGAUUUCUGCAGUGGUGGGGGCCAUGUUGGGAUUGUCCUAGCUCACAUGCUGCCAGCAUGUCAGGUUACAUUAAUAGAAAACAAGGAAUUAUCAUUAAUUCGUGCUAAGAAGAGAAGUGACGAACUAGGUUUAAGCAACAUUUGGUUCAUUCAAGCAAAUAUGGAGUAUUUUACAGGGACGUUUAAUAUUGGGAAGCCCAAUGUCUAA